AUGGCCACUACAGUCCUAAACUCGCACCCAAAACCGCGCGCCCCCGCAACCCCCACCGACGUCCUCCCCACCGACGCAGCGCAGCUCUACACACACAUCCACCCGAUCCUUGUUCUCUCACUAUACGCGCUGCAAUUCCCCUCCAUCGUCGCCGAUCCCGUCCCCGCGCUCGCAACAGCCCUUGUCCCGCUUGGUAUCCUCCAAAUUGCGUACGUAGCUAUAUGUCUCCCGCCGACGGGCGGGACCGCGACGCCGGUCGUGGAUAAGAAGAAACCUGGGAGCGGGGCGGGAGAGAAGGGGAAGAAGGGUGGCAUGAGGGGGACGAUCAUACCGGGCUUCCUCUCCCUCAUUGUAGUGAGCAUCGUCAUUGCGCCGCUGCUUGCGGCUAUCCUCGUCCUCUUCGGCGCGCCGCUGACUACGCACCACGCGCACACGCUCCUCGCUGCCGCGCACAUCUCGUUUCUGGCGACGCUCCCGCUCGUAUACGUGCACGGCGUGGACGGCGCCGCCUGGCGCGAUAUCAUUGCGCUGCUGCGCCCGGUGGACGAGGUAUAUGGCGGGAUGAUAGGCGGUGUUGUGGGCGCGUGGCUGGGCGCGGUGCCGAUUCCGCUGGAUUGGGAUCGGGAGUGGCAGAAGUGGCCGGUUACGAUUGUUAGCGGGGCGUAUGUGGGGUGGGCGGUUGGGAAGAUGGUGGGUGGGUUCCUGAAAGGGAGGAAGAUUGGGUUCGAGUAG